UCAACAGCACGGACCUUUUUGCUUCAUUGCGCUCUUUUCACCACAUAGUCACCAGUCGCUGCUUGUGGGACUGAAGACAAGCACCAGCAGCUCUGAAUGAAGCUGAGAGGAGAGAUUAUCUCUGACAUGAUACUGCUCUGGUGAGCAUACUGUGGGACUCCCACCUGUCACUUCUUGUAUAAUUCUUCAACUUUCCAUUGUGAUCCAAACCCCCAGAAGCAUGUUGUACACCUAUUUAAAGUCCUUUCUGGUGAGCCUGUCUCGGAGGAAACCCCUGGAGCCCGAGGGGGAGCAGUCUACGUUUAACCGAUGCCUUACCACGCUGGACCUGGUGGCGCUCGGUGUUGGCAGCACCCUAGGGGCCGGGGUGUAUGUUCUGUCUGGAGAGGUGGCCAGAAGCACUGCCGGACCCAGCAUCAUCAUCUCCUUCUUCAUUGCUGCCCUGGCAUCCAUAUUCGCUGGGCUGUGCUAUGCAGAGUUUGGGUCCCGGGUUCCUAAAACAGGCUCAGCAUACCUGUACAGCUAUGUGACUGUUGGGGAGCUGCUGGCUUUUAUCACAGGGUGGAACCUGUUACUCUCCUAUGUCAUAGGAACAUCCAGCGUCGCACUGGCGUGGAGUGGGACAUUUGAUGACCUCAUUGGGGAUGUCAUUUCUAAAUACUUUCUAGAACAUGCACCCAUGGGCCUCCCUGGCCUGGCACCUUACCCAGAUGUUUUUGCUGCAGUUCUCAUCAUGCUACUGUCAGGUCUUCUGUCGUUUGGAGUAAAAGAGUCAACGACAAUCAACAAGAUCUUCACAGCAGUCAACAUCCUGGUGCUUCUGUUUGUGGCCAUCUCUGGAUUUAUCAAGGGAAACAUCUCGAACUGGCAAAUCAGUGAAGAGGCUCUGAUAAAUGCCACAGCUGAACUCAAAAACCUGACCUCUACUGUCAAUGUAACAAGUGUGUAUGGAGUGGGUGGGUUUUUCCCAUAUGGCAUUAGUGGAACGCUGGCUGGAGCUGCAACAUGUUUCUAUGCUUUUGUUGGAUUUGAUUGCAUCGCUACAACAGGUGAGGAGGUGAAGAACCCGCAAAAGUCUGUUCCUGUGGGCAUCGUGGCCUCACUGCUUAUCUGUUUCCUGGCCUACUUCGCUGUGUCUGCUGCUCUCACUCUGAUGAUGCCCUAUUACAUACUCAGUGAAAAAAGUCCCUUGCCAGUUGCCUUUGACUACAUUGGCUGGGGUCCUGCCAAAUAUGCCGUGGCUGUGGGAUCGCUAUGUGCCCUGUCCACCAGCCUGCUGGGCUCAAUGUUCCCCAUGCCCCGGGUGCUGUUCGCCAUGGCAAGAGAUGGCCUGCUUUUUCAACCCCUGACCAAAGUCACAUCCAGAGGCAGUCCUGCUAUAGCUACAAUAGCUUCUGGCACUGUGGCAGCCAUCAUGGCUCUGUUAUUUGACUUGGAAGCCUUGGUGGAAAUGAUGUCCAUUGGCACUCUGUUUGCUUACACACUCGUGGCCAUAUGCAUCCUAAUACUGAGGUACCGGGUUGAUCCAUCUGAAGAAACAGACCUGAAGCCCAGAGAAUCAAACAUCAGAUCUAGCUUCCUGAAGCCUCCUUCAUCUCCCAACUCAUCUACCGCACAAAGUGUCAUAAUUUUGACAAUAAUCUCUGUGGCAUGUGUUGCUGGACUAUGUGUCACCCUCUCUCAAGCCAUAGAAGCUCUGUCUCGCUUGGAAGCAUGGAGUGUGGCACUUGUUUGUGUUCUUGCUUUCAUCCUGGUGCUCAAUAUUUUCCUCAUCUGGAGGUACCCACAAAAUCCCACUAAAGCAUCUUUCAUGGUGCCCUUACUCCCUGCUCUGCCUUUAGUGAGUACACUCAUCAAUGUCUACCUUAUGGUGCAGUUAGGUGGGGACACGUGGAUACGAUAUGCUGUCUGGAUGUUAGUGGGGUUUGUCAUCUAUUUUCUCUACGGUAUCCGUAAUAGCACUCAGAGGAAACGCCUCAUGGACGACAAGAAAAUGAUUGAUACCAUCAGCAUCGACAAACCCAAUGAUGUCAUCAAAGAAGAAAAAUUCUGAGUUUGGCUGUGAGUAACUGCUUUGAGUGUGUAAACUCUCUUUGACCUGCACCUGUGCUGAUCUGUUUCUGCAGUGUUUGGUGUCUGGGAGUGACAGUGUGACAGGUGUGUACAGUGCCAAAAUGCAGACAAAUGGACAGCCAGACCAACCUGCUAACUUAUAUUUCAUAUUGACAUUUUAUUACAUGUUGAUGGUUUGUAACUUACAUAAACAUUCUUACUGCCCACACUGAAGUGCUGCCUGACUUAUUUUUGGACCUUCAAGGAAUGAUGAUGUAUCUUGAAGCCAUGUGUAUACAAAAUAUUGCAAAUUAGGAAGCAUGCAUUUAAGAAUGUAAACCUUACUCCCUUCUCACUGCCAUAUCAUUAUUUAUCAUGGUUAUCUGUAUAUGUUGCCUUGUAUCUAACUCUCAUCUGUGUU